AUGCUGCGGUAUUGUGUCUCGGCAUGCAAUCGUAGGAAUGCUUUGCAACGCAUAUAUCAAUAUCAACGACCCUUGCUUCUUUCCGCUUCUCGCCUUUCCACUUCUCGUCUUUAUUCCGCUCCUUCCUCAGCCGAGAAUGAGAUUGCAGCCUUCCAAGAUCUUCUCGGUGUCACUAACCCGGCUCCCGAUUUAACCAAAACCUUUUAUCAACGACAAUUACCUUCCAACCUCAUUCGAUUCUCAUCAGCUCAAGGCAAAGCCAUGUUUCGUACAGCCAUGGAAAAAGGCCAUGCCGAAGGGUUUUUCCCUUUGACCGGUAACUUUACAACACAAUCGGAACCGGCAUACUGCGGACCCAGUUCUCUGGCCAUGGUCCUUAACGCUUUGGAAGUCGAUCCACAGCGCAUUUGGAAAGGCAACUGGCGAUGGUUUUCAGGCGAGUAUGAGUUGCUGCAAUGCUGCGCUUCCAAGGAAGACAUGAAGAAGAAUGGCAUUACAUUUGACAAGUUUGCUUGUUUGGCGAAAUGUCAUUGCAAUGUGGAAGUGAAACGGUCGUCCGAUAUCACUUUUGAGGAAUUCAAGCGAGACGUGGUGGAUAUUACGGCUCGAUCCGAUAAAUUUAUGGUGAUUUCUUUUUCAAGAAAGACGUUGCAGCAGACGGGCGAUGGUCACUUUUCACCGAUCGGUGCCUAUAACCCUGAGAAUGACAUGGUGCUUGUGCUCGAUACAGCUCGCUACAAAUACCCAAGCUACUGGUGCGAUAUCAAGACACUCUACGAGUCCAUGAAACCGAUUGACAAGGAAACAGGUCGUCCUCGUGGCUAUUUCUUGCUCGGUUACGAUACCGACAAUCCGCCGAUCAGUUUAUGCAGGGUCCAACCACCAUCACGACCAUCACCAGAAACCGAGGUGAAGCAGGAAGCGGCAAGCGAGAAAAUGACCAGUGAGACCAAACCGGUGGAACCGGCUCGACUAAAUUGGUCCAUGCUGGCGCAAAGUUUCUGCAAACGUAUUCCGGAAAACAUGUGGCUUGAGAAACCUAGAACGCUGGAGCAUGUUGUGCAACUGGUUUUACGCAACGUGCCUUCAGAAUACACGGCGAUUCUGGCCAAUCAAUCGUUGGCGUCUUCCAAGAGAGGCGCAUCGCCUGAAAAAGCGAGAGAGUACAUUGGUCACAUGCUUCAAGACAUUACACAUUCGCCGCUAUACCCUAUUGUACUGGAUGCUCUCUAUGCCGACAAGACCACGAAAGCGAAGCGAGGAGUGGACCAUCAUGCCGCGUUUGCAACUCUUUUCGUCCUGGGCUCGCCUCGCAUGCUUUACACAUCACUACCGCGAGACUUGCAGGAUCAACUCGAUGCGUAUAGAAAGGACGAACAAAUGACGGAAGUGGUGAAACGAGAAGUCCAUCGUAUUUCUGUCGAAGUCGGUGAACUCACCAAGACUUUCUGUACCUGUGGUCCAGGAUGGAUGCAACAAGCCAACGCCGACGGGAUCGAUCAUGCUUCCACCAAAAACUGUCCAUCCAAUUAA